UAUUUAUUUUCUUCUCUAGUGAAUAAACACAAACCCUGGAUUGAGACAUCCUAUCAUGGGAUCAUAACGGAGAACACGGACACUGUGAUUUUGGAUCCUCCCCUCGUUGCUUUAGAUAAAGAUGCACCUGUUCCCUUUGCAGGUGAGAUCUGUGCUUUUAAAAUCCACGGGCAAGAAAUGCCUUUUGAAGCCGUUGUGCUAAACAAGACAUCUGGAGAAGGUCGUCUUCGAGCAAAAAGGCCGAUCGACUGUGAGCUGCAGAAGGAGUACACAUUCAUCAUUCAGGCCUAUGACUGUGGGUCAGGACCAAGUGGAACAAACUGGAAGAAAUCUCACAAGGCAGUGGUCCACAUCCAGGUCAAGGAUGUCAAUGAGUUUGCACCAGCUUUCAAGGAGAGUGCGUAUAAGGCCACAGUGACAGAGGGAAAGAUCUAUGAAAGUAUCCUGCAAGUAGAAGCCUUGGAUGAGGACUGUUCUCCACAGUACAGCCAGAUAUGCAAUUAUGAAAUUGUCACAACAGAUGUUCCUUUUGCUAUUGACAGAAACGGUAACAUCAGAAACACUGAGAAGCUGAUCUACGAUAAACAGCAUCAGUAUGAGAUAAUGGUAACAGCUUCGGACUGUGGGCAAAAACAUGCAAAUGAAAAUGUCUUGGUGCAAGUUAAUGUCAAACCAGUGUGCAAACCAGGCUGGCAAGACUGGAGCAAACGCAUUGAGUACAGGCCUGGUUCUGGCAGCAUCCCUUUGUUUCCCAGCAUUCAUCUGGAAACCUGCGACGGACCCGUUUCCUCCAUGCACACCACCAUCGAACUGCAGACCAACUCCAUUGGGAAGGGCUGUGACCGUGAGACGUACUCUGAAAAAUCUCUGCAGAAGCUAUGUGGAGCCUCUUCAGGUGCCAUUGACCUGUUGCCGUCUCCUAGUGCAACGACUAACUGGACAGCUGGGCUUCUCAUGGACAACAAUGACAUGAUUUUUAAAUUUGAUGGAAAGCAAGGAGCCAAAAUUCCAGACGGAAUAGUUCCAAAGAAUUUAACUGAUCAGUUCACCAUCACCAUGUGGAUGAAACAUGGACCUAGCCCAGGAUUAAGAGCUGAGAAAGAGACUAUUCUCUGCAAUUCUGAUAAGACAGAGAUGAACCGACACCACUACGCGCUGUAUGUGCACAACUGCCGGUUGGUGUUUCUGCUGAGGAAGGAUUUUGACCAGGCGGACACCUUCCGUCCUGCAGAGUUCCACUGGAAACUGGACCAGAUUUGUGACAAAGAGUGGCAUUACUAUGUUGUCAAUGUUGAGUUUCCCGUUGUUACCUUAUACAUGGAUGGAACAACGUACGAACCUUACUUGGUGACCAAUGACUGGCCUAUUCACCCUUCACACAUAGCCAUGCAGCUAACUGUCGGUGCUUGCUGGCAAG